AUGUAUUGGAUCUGCUCUUCUGUUUUUAUCCUGCUGACAUUGUCGCGUUGGACAAGUGCAGACUGUUAUUCCUAUGGUGUCGAUUAUGUCGAUGGCGGAGGUCCUUACUGUAUUAACACCACCUCCACAGACUUCUUCUCCUUUGUAUCAGACUUUCAAGGCUGUCAUCCCAGCGACAGUCAAGGUGAUAUCACACCAAUUUUGAUCGACCCCAACGGAGAUGAAUACUUCUGCUCCGAUGUUCCCACAAUGCCUGACGAUGUGGACAUGACAUCUACCUGCAAUGUACCGGGCAAUGAACUGGAGAAGAGCCAGAUGUUUUCUGGAAACUGGAUGAUUGUCAUGGAGGGUUUGACUUUUGCUUGGAUGAGAACUUUCGACAUCGUCGCCGGUCCGCCAGUAACAGUAACCUCCACUCCUACCGCCACAUUCACUAUCACAAAUGUUCCGUCGACAACGAUCACGACAACAACCACCAACGUGUACUCGACAACAUUGGCCCCUUCGACGAUUACGGUGCCAUCCAGCACAUCGACGAGGACAAUAACAACCACGCCAGCUCAGGUGACUGUAUACUGGACGUCGACUUCCACGCGGACUCGCACUACAAGGGUAUGGUCGUCAACUGUUUCUACCACGACAGUCACUACGACCUGUAAAACGCAACCACCCAAGAGAGAUCCGACUUGCACCAUCCGUCCAACCAAGGCGACGCUUGCAGCUGCAAGCAACACGGCGGACCCUGUACCUCGUCAACGGUUCCGUGGUGCACCACGACGGGAUAGACCUAGGGACAUACCCAAGCAUGCACUCAUUGAACCACGGAAUGGCCUACUUGCCAAGCGAGGAGCAGACGUCUGCACGACGACUGUCCUCGAGACUACCAAGGUAGUGUCGUCAUACGUGACAGUGACCGCCCCCACAAGCACCGAGAUCGACACAGAAAUUGCGACAUCAACUGCUACUGUCACACCGGCUCCAGUGACCGCAUACUCUGGUGUCGUCAAGACCACAACUACCAUCACAGCGCCAACUCCAACACGAACUCGUACAGCCAGGGUCUAUGAGACCACGUGGACCACCAGUACAAUCAUGGCGACGUAG